CCAGUUCUUUCCUAUUUCCUGAUAUGUCUGGUGAGAGAAUCAAAAGGCGUCAAGCUUUGCGGUAUGGCCUGUAAAUGCGACUCACGGCAGUUGUUGCGUAGCCAGAAAAUUGCGGUUGCCAAAGAUGCUCGUCUCGAGGGACAGGGCAUUUGCAGGCGACCACACCCAACACUGGGAAAUAAAUUUCUAGCUCUCUCUCUGCGCAUCGGAAAGGGCACUGCACACUCGCAGACAGGAGCGCUUGAAGGUUUUCACGUGCUGGAGCUGCUGCGCUCACAUGAAAACGUUUCCAUGGUUUGGGAGCUCGAUUUGAUUUCGGCAGGGGAGAAGUGAGAGCGGGGAAAAGGAUUUCUUCUGCGAUUGUCAUCUGUGACGAUGGCCUUUACGGGACCACUCCGACUCCAAUCCACUUAUGAUAUUCAACCGCAAAGAAGAAAACAAGCGAGCGCAUCCAAACAAGAGGCAUUUUGAGGAGACCCAUGGCCAGUUUCGCUGCAGCUGGUCCGUGAUGUCACUGCAGCGCUGGAUCGAGAACAGGUGGUGAUCGCUCGUGAUCUUGCUAAGAGGAAGACAGGCGUUGCAGCGGUACAGCAGGGAAGCGACCGAUGGAUGGAUCGAUCAAUCAAUCACAAAGGAAGGAAGACGAAGAUGGUAGUAGCAUUUUUUUCCGCUGAAAGCAACAGCGACCAAUCAACGGCAGUGGCGAGUGACGAUUCGGGAUCAACAGACAAAAAGAAAUUCGCGGAGAUCCAUUCAAACAGUCGCCACAACAGCGCAGCGCUGCCAGGCGGAAGAAUAGCGAAUUUUUAAGAGAUUUACACAUCGCCCAGCCAAGGUAUAAAGGAGGUGCAAUUAAAACUCGCGGCCCAACGGCCCAGAUUUCUCCCGGGAGCGAAUAUCUGGCAUUGAAUGGACGCUGGCGGCAGCGAAUAUCCACGCGCGGUUAAUUAAAUGGGCGAGGGUUAGGAUUAAUUGCGUGUAAAACGGCUGGCUUAGGGUUUAGACGCUAGUGAAGAUGGAUGGCUCCAUUUUCUUCUCUGGAGGAUUUCACUCGCCUUGACCGCCACGAUCUAGCCUAGCGGCGUGUUCUUGCGCGAAUUGGCCGGGAUUUCCAGGAGCAAUCGAUCGAUUCUUCUUCUUCUCUCCCUCUCGCGCUCGCUGCUACUAGAUCGAUUUGGCGAUGGAUCCAGGGGUGUGCUUGGUUCAUCCCAGCAAGAGGCAGCCGGUGGGGGUUUGUCACUUGUGCCUCCGGGAUCGCCUCGUCCGGCUCUCUCUCUCGGGCGAUUCUUCCAGCAGCCACACGCUCCUCCCGAAUUCCUCCUCCUCCAGGAGCUCCUUCGAUUCCUCCUCGUGCUCCAAGACCGACGACAGCAACGGCAAUGGCAAAUGCGGCAGCGGCAGCGUCGUCGGUAAGCUCGGCACGAUCUUCUCGCUCAUGGAGAGCGAUAGCGAGGAGGCAGUGGCUCGAAUCGAGGAGAAAGAGGGGGAUGUAGGCGAGGAGGACGACGAAGAGGUAGAGCAGAGCGUUCCAUCGUGUCUUCCCAGGUCCAAAUCUCUCUCGCAGUGGCAGCAGCAGCACCCGCCGCGGCGGAGCUCUAGCACCAAGGAUCCAGCGUUUGCGCGAUUCGCCGCUCCCGAUUCAAGAAAUGGGGGGGAAGGAGGGUUUCCAGCGGAUGGAUUCUCCUCCGCUCGGAACUCCAAGAAUGCCGCUGGAUCCUAUCACAGUCCCCUGGUAUCGGCAUCCGCCACGCCCGUGGCUCAUCACGUUGACAGGGAUCAUCGCGGCGCCAGGAAUCCCCAUCACCACAGCGGCGGCGGCGGCAAGCUCUCCUGGAUCUCCUCCCUCUUUGGGCUGCGCAAGAGGAAGAAGAAGUCCAGCCACAACGGCGCCGUGGAGACGAAUUUCUUCCCUCCCGAGGCCUGGAACGACGAUUUCCACCACCGCGGGGCGCACGCCGAUCGCGAUCGCCUGUGGCGCAGCCGAUCGGUCUCCUCGGGGCGCGUGAUCAAGAAGAGCUUCACUCCUCUCGGGGACCCUCCACUCGACCAUCCCGGCGCGCCCACUGGAAUCGACCCCGCGACCUCCUCCUUGGAGCCCCCGAGGGCGUCGGCGCAAGGAAUCGAACCCCGGGUGGCCUCGCUCAUCGCGCUGGACAUGACCAAGGUGAUUACCAACGCGGCGUAUGACGUGGAGGACAGCGGGGACGGGGGUGCCGCGUACGUGGCGGGGCCGAGGUCCAGCGUGGCGUCCUUGAUGGACAUCGACCGCAAGUGCGCGGCCGCCACGUGUGCCAGCCCGACCGUGCUGCAGAGGAGCCGGAGCACGGGCGGGUGGCGCCGGAUGAUACGGAGCGAAUCGCCGUCGUCCGUCCUGGCAAAUCCGACGGCCCAUGGUAGCGGUAACGGUAACAGUGACUGGGGAUUCUAUCUAACUCCGCUGAGGACUUUUAACAAGAGCAGGGGUGGUAGCAAGCAGGGGCGCUGAGAUUAAACGCAAAAACUACGCGAGAUCGGAUCAAACAGUGACUUGGAUCGAUCGUGUCGAGGCUUACUUUGCAUUUAGGAUUGAUGGCUCUAAUGUAAUUCUUCUUUUUUUCGUUUUGUGAAGCUUCACACUGGAAGAGAUUCGAGAAAAGUUUGAGAGUGACAAUGGAAGAACAAAAACAAAGCUGUACAGAUCGAGCCCCACUAGGGAACAAGGAGAUUUUUUGGGAGUAGAAGACAGGACUACCCACCGGUGUGUUAUAUAAGAUUUUCUCACAAUUCUGUAAUUUCUCUCUUUCCUCUCUUUGGGAUCCACUCAAGUGAAGAUGGAUUCAAAAGAGACGAUGGAGUGAUUUGCUCUUUUGGGGUGUCUUAAAAUCUCUCAAAGUUGGCGA